AAUGGCGACGUUCCAAAAUGGCGGCGAUUCCGACUCGCAGAAAGCAGCAAAGCGACAGAAAACGGCUGCGGAUGGCGCUGGAAGUGACGGCGAGGCCGCAGCGGAGAGGGCCGUAUCGGGAUUUGAAGUGGGACGGAUCCUCCGCGACUCUGUCAGGGAGAAAAACAUUUUCGUUCACGGAAAGAUUGAUGACCAGGAGGCUGUGAUCAUCCUGGAGAAAACACCGAUCACACAAGAAAUCCUUCCAGAGAUGCUGAAGAACAGCACACAGAUCCUGGAGAUGAAGAAUGACAUCUACAGCACCUUCCAGCUCCGACCUCCACCGCACCUCAACGGAAUUAAGACCACAAUGAUCUGCCCAGCAACGGAGAAACAUGUGAAGAAGUAUCUGCGUCAAGAGAUGUUCCUCAUCGAGGAGACUGAGGAAGACUAUCAGUCCAUUACUCUUCCCUACAUCACCAGCCAGAGCUUCAGUGUGCAGUGGGUUUACAACAUCUUGGAAAAGAAAGCCGAGGCAGAUCGGAUCGUUUUCGAAGAUCCAGACCCGCAGGUUGGAUUUGUCCUUCUGCCAGAUUUCAAAUGGGACCAAAAGCAGCUCGAUGACUUGUAUCUGAUUGCAAUUGUACAUCGAAGGGACGUAAAGAGUUUGAGAGAUCUCACGCCUGAUCAUCUUCCUUUACUGAGAAACAUCCGUGAGAAAGGACUGGAGGCCAUCAUGAAGCGCUUCAGCAUCCCGGCGUCUAAACUGCGAGUGCUGCUGCACUACCAGCCGUCCUACUACCACCUCCACGUGCACUUCAUUUCGCUGGAUUACGAAGCUCCAGGGUGUGGCGUGGAGAGAGCGCACCUGCUCACUGACGUCAUCCAGAACCUGCAGGACCAACCCAAGUACUACUGCAAACGCACACUGACCUUCCCGAUCCGGGCCGACGACACCCUGCUGACCAAGUUCAAGGAAGCCGGGAGAGUCUAGAGCGUUCCUUUUAAAUCGCGCGUGUGUGUACAGCGAUCGUGUCUUCCCAUAAGCCUGACAAAGUCGUCUCUGAUUUCUCAGUUUUAUAUUUUCACACCUCAGUCAUGUACCCUGUGUGUGUGUGUGUGUGUUGUUUUAAAUAAAAUAUUGAAUCAUUAA